AUGGAAUCAAUGUCAGAAGCAAACGAAAGGCCGAAUCUCUGGGAGCUGGCAUACGAACAGGGAGAGUUCGACGAGGAGGGGAUACGCGUGCUCGCCCAGUCGUCGAAAGAACACAGCAGCUCCUGGUCGCCCAUGGUUCUUCUGGAGCAGGUCAAAACUCUCAGUUCGGCUCGAUUUGUGGAAUGCAAGCAGAGCGGCUGGUUGACUGGACCGAGGGGCGAUAACUUCGCCGUGAUUCAUCAAGUCCAAACAAUUGUCUCCGCUGUGCUAGAGCUAAAUGAAAUGGUCAGCGCUGGGUUGAGAUUCGACGCCUCAGGGUAUGGGGCCACGGCUUGGUCAAUCAUCACUUUCGGUUUGGAGCUACGUCAGAACGAUCUCAGGCGGACACAGGCCCUUUGCGACGUAUCGGCAUAUCUUGCAGACCUCCUCGCGCGUUACGCUGGCUAUGAAAUGCACUACAGCGACCCUAGAAUCAAGGACUGGAGCCAGUUGCAAGGCUGUAUCGUCGACGUGUAUACUGCGGUCCUCAAGUAUGCCAUCGGUGUGAAAUCCGCAAGAGAGUACGACGUCGACGUGAAACUCGGGAGAGAGGACGACGUAACUCAACGAGCUCUAGGUAGCUUCCAAGCUAUCGCCGAAGACUAUCUCGAUGCUCUCAAAGCGAAGGUCGUUGACGUCGAUGAAGCCGCGAAAGAGUGGCUGAGCCCGAUUGCACACCAAUAUCGAUUGAAGGAUCGUCAACAGGUGAAGGAACAGACUGCCAAUAUUCUCUCUGCCGUUUCCCGCGUCUCUGUUGCGGCCGACGAGAAAGACAUACGAGACUGGUUCUCAAGCGACGUCCCAGGCACACAUGGGAGAGUUCAAGAUGACCUACAAAAGUACAAGCUGCAACUGGAACCCGGAAACCGGUUUCUCCACUCUGAGUUCUUCAAACAGUGGAGGGACUUUCCUCAGCAGAUGUAUUGGCUCGAAGGCGGUGCUGGGUGUGGCAAGACAUAUCUAUGCUCCAUCAUCGUCAGCCAUCUGCACGCCACUUACCUGAGCGACUCCCGAAAAAGUAUCGCAUACUGGUUCUUUGAACCCAAGGGAACUGAAGUGAAAGCGAUGGGCCGCAUGCUUGCAUCCCUAAUCAAGCAGAUUUUGGUAGGGGUCCAGCCACUUCCACGCUUUGUUACGGAGUUCGUUGAAGAUCAUAAGAAGCGAAACGCCACUCCAGACAUCAACCAGCUCAUCAAGCUACUACAUCGAGUCAUCCGGACGCUAAUAUCGAGUCGGGACAUCUUUCUUGUCUUGGACGCUGUGGAGAGGUGUGGGGAGAGCCCCCCGUCCGAGGGUUCACCCGAACCCCUGCUGGAUUUUAUUUAUAACCUUGCCGAGCAAGUCUACGGGAAUCUUCACUUCAUCAUCGCAAGCAGGCCAGAUGACCGUGUCCUCGACAUGACGCGUGCGCUGACCAUUCCCGCGAUAAGGGCUGACGUCGCCAAAGACACCAAGGAUGACGUCGACGCAGUCAUCGACUAUCACCUAGAGCAUGGGCCUUACUUGAAGAACGCCUCCCCAGUGACGAAAAACCUCGUAGCGUCGAGGCUGAAGCAGGACGAGCAAAAAUCUUUUCCCGGGUCAAUGAACAGCUCAAGGCCCUGGAGAGAUGCAGAACCGAUGCGGAUGUCCGAACUGCACUGA